CACACUGCAUACAUCCACAUAUAUACAUCCCCGCCCCCGCUUUCUGGCCCCACAGCGUCCCUCAAACCUACCCCGCCCCCCGUGUUCACGCCAAGGUGAGUGCGACUUGCUGUUGGCUGGGUGGCUGUUGGAAAAGGCGGAGAAGGGGUCCCGUCGUGUGCGCUCGUUCGACGUCGUAUUGGACAGAGGGCUUCCCUCCCUGCGCCUUCUGUGCCAUGGGGCCGUGACGUGCUUCGGCCGGAUGCCCCUAUAAGGACGCUCUUCUUUUGUGCUGCUUCCUGGCGAUCCUUCUCUGCGUUUGCAUACUCCAGCUGACGCCCCUCCCAGCUUCCGUAUACACUCGCGCCAGAUCACCACCGUCUCCUUCGUCAUCAGACCUUCCGUGUAUCAAAGGAGCCCAUCCAUUACCCGGUCGUGUGACUCCAGCACCAUAUAAAACCCCCGCUGCAUCCCUCGACGCCCACGCACACCAUGAUGAUGACCUCCUCCAUUAUCACUCCCCACUCCCGCACAAUCACCCACACCCCCUCCCCCAACUCCUCCCCAAAACUCGUCCCCGUCCCCAGCACCAUCGCACCCCUCUCCCACCUCUCCCUCUCCACCACACACUCCUCCAGCACCUCGCCCACCGCUGCCCCCGGCGCACUCAGCCAGAGCGCACCUACCCGCAGCUACGUCCGCGGCCCCCAAGCGCGUCCCUAUGGUCCCUCGUCCAUCAAGAAGAAGGAGCUCGACGCCGACAGCAGGCACUUUGCCGAGCUCGUCGCGAGGUCUGUCGACGAUCGCCGCGGCUCGCCUUCCAGGGAGAAGGGGCUGAUCGAGAUGGUGGAGAAUGUCACUAUCGAGGAGCAAGAGGAGCGUACAGAGGCGCGCAAGAUUGAGCAGCGAAAGCAGCUGGGACGCAUGCAGAGUCUCGGUGGGAGCUGGGAGAAUGAACGCGCCGAGUUGAUUGUGGAUUACCCCGUCUGGAGUCCCGGUUGUUUCCAAGACUUGUCCACAUUGCACACACUGCGCGACAAGACCCUCGCACACACCCACUCCCUCCUCUCCCACCUGCUCAACACCCACUCGACCCCGACGACCUACCGCCUCCUCGCCCGCUCCGCCACGUCCCCCAAACCAUCCUCCACCCGCCCCUCGCCAUUCCACCACGGCUGGGGCUGUAUCCGCCUCGCCCCUUCCCGCGCCCAAGUGCGCCGAACGAGUCUCGUCCAAGCUGGCAGACCCACCUUUUCCCCGCGCCUCUCUCUUCCCCGCUUGCCACUGCACGCCACAAGCGCUGUCGACUCUUCCUCAGACGAAGAGUCUCCUGCCAACUCGCCCCGUGUUUCCGCGCGAGACUAUCGUGAAAUCAAGUUGCGCACAGGGUUCAGCUCGGGGAGUAGUGAUGAGGAGGAUGAGGCGGAGGAUGAAGAGGAGAGUGCGGAUGUUAUCGUGGCGAAAGAGAUUGAGAAGAGGGGUGGUGGCAAGGAAGGGACGGUAUUCUUGAUGACCCUCUUUGGUCAACCCGCCCUCAUCCUCACCUAAUUCCCUCCCCUCCACAUCCUUGCUUCUUUCUCAUUACCAUGUUUACGCCCCCCAACUGUCGAUACCGACGACAAACCACGACAAAAAACACUACCACUAACAAGUUGUAUAUAUCUCACAUUCCCACUGUUCGUCUUUACCCCAUUGAUCCUAGCAUUGUUGUAAAUCUACCACAUUAUACGAGGCGUCAAGUUUCGUUCUUCUUUUCACAGUAUUAUUGCUCGCUUCUACAUACGUGCAAAAGUGUCUUCUUUCUCCGAUCACAAGUGUUUCCUUUCUUUACCAGUAUAUAUCUUUUUACAAAGUGUUCAAUCGCGAAAUCCUGCCUGGCCUUUUGGCUCAAGAUGCAAAGAUGCAAAAGAUGAAACCAUAUUUA